AUGACGAUGUUCGCCCUCGCUGAUAUCACUCCCAGCGCCCUAGCUGAUAUCACACCCAGCGCCCUAGCUGAUAUCACUCCCAGCGCCCUAGCUGAUAUCACUCCCAGCGCCCUAGCUGAUAUCACACCCAGCACCCUAGCUGAUAUCACUCCCAGCGCCCUAGCUGAUAUCACACCCAGCACCCUAGCUGAUAUCACUCCCAGCGCCCUAGCUGAUAUCACUCCCAGCGCCCUAGCUGAUAUCACACCCAGCACCCUAGCUGAUAUCACUCCCAGCGCCCUCGCUGAUAUCACUCCCAGCGCCCUCGCUGAUAUCACACCCAGCGCCCUCGCUGAUAUCACUCCCAGCACCCUAGCUGAUAUCACACCCAGCACCCUAGCUGAUAUCACUCCCAGCGCCCUCGCUGAUAUCACACCCAGCGCCCUCGCUGAUAUCACUCCCAGCACCCUAGCUGAUAUCACACCCAGCGCCCUCGCUGAUAUCACUCCCAGCGCCCUAGCUGAUAUCACACCCAGCGCCCUAGCUGAUAUCACACCCAGCGCCCUCGCUGAUAUCACUCCCAGCACCCUAGCUGAUAUCACACCCAGCACCCUAGCUGAUAUCACUCCCAGCGCCCUCGCUGAUAUCACUCCCAGCACCCUAGCUGAUAUCACUCCCAGCGCCCUCGCUGAUAUCACUCCCAGCGCCCUAGCUGAUAUCACUCCCAGCGCCCUCGCUGAUAUCACUCCCAGCACCCUAGCUGAUAUCACUCCCAGCGCCCUCGCUGAUAUCACUCCCAGCACCCUAGCUGAUAUCAAUCCCAGCGCCCUCGCUGAUAUCAAUCCCAGCGCCCUCGCUGAUAUCAAACUCAGCGCGCUGAUAUCAAAUCCAGCACUCUGA